AUGGAGGUGAAAAAGAAGAAGAGUACUCUCGAGCACCGUCGUGCACAGAAUCGUUUGGCUCAGCGCAGGUUCCGUCAACGUCAGAGCCAGCAGAAGGCCAACGCAGAUCAACCUCAGCAGACGCAGACCCUAGAGCCAUCCGUAUCGGCGACCGAUGACCCAUCCGAUCUUUUCAAUUUCUCAUCUGAAACCAGGUCGACACACAGCCCUGUCAAAUCCCCGCCUGGGUUUGGCAUCAACUGCCUACAAGGCGGUGCCAAUGGACUGAUCGGCAUCCAGAAUUUCAUAAACAUGGACGACUUAAUGGACUCAUCCCUGCCAAGUCUCCUUGCAGGCCCCUCACCGGGCAUAUCUAACACCGAUUCCGCUGAGCAUACCCUUUUCGGCAGCGAUCGAGACUUUAUCCCCAAACAUCCAGGCUCCCUAGCAAGCACAGUCGGAAGCAGCAGCACUCACAGAACAACACCAGACAUUUUCGACACAAACUUCCCACCGAAAUCACUAACAGACGAUUCAACACCCGCUAGUGCUAGGAGCGCCAGCGCACUCUCUCCUGAGACAGCAAAAUCCCAUGACACAGGCUCAGGCUGGCUGUCCGCACUUCAUAUAGCCGCACAGAAGGGACACCAUCGGAUCAUGCGCAUGCUACUCCAGCAGGAUAUCGACUGCGAUGAGAUAGACAGCGAUGGGCUAACACCCUUAAUCCAUGCGACGAUUGGCGGCCACGAAGACGUUGUCACGUUGCUGCUCAUGCAUGGGGCGCGUAUAGACAAGGUCGAUCGCCAGAACCGUUCGGUGCUCCAUUUCGCGGUUAGUCAUCGUCGCCAGACAAUAUUGAAGAUUCUGUUGGAUUAUUGCGUGGGCGACCAGGGGCUCAUUGAUGCCUAUGAUAGUGGCGGGCGCACGCCGCUGCAUAUUGCGGUCGAUACUGGGUUUGAGGCGGGCGUGCAGGCUCUCGUGCAGCGUGGAGCUAGUGUACAUUAUAGGACUAGGAAGACGCUUCCAGUUCCAUAG